AUGGAUUUAAGAGUCACAAUCACCAAUCUUUCAUUGAUCAGUGCCAAGAGAAUCAAGAUUAUCCAAAUACCGCCACAUUCAUCAGAUCAAGUUCAGCCAUUGAAUCUUGAAAUAUAUGGCGUAUUCAAGGGAAAAUACCAAGCCUUUCCUGCUCCAAAGGGUGUAAAUCCAUAA